AUGGCAAUAACGCAUAAUUUACCGAUGAAAGUGUGGUAUUACGAAAACACUUCGGAAUGGACCCUUGAUUAUCCACCUUUAUUUGCGUAUUUCGAAUUGUUGUUGGGCAUGGUGAGUGUCUUUCAAGUGGCCAAUCGUGUCGUACCGCCUGCAUUAAUCAUUCAAAAAGAGGCAUAUUUCUCCAAAGGGCUACUCUAUUUUCAGCGAUUCAGUGUCAUUGUUUGUGAUCUAUUUUAUAUAAUUUCAUGUGGUUUUCUCGCGAAUACAAUGCAUUCGAUACGAAUCAUAGGUGAUCGUUCGAAACACUGUGCAAUGGGGUUAUUCCUGUUGUUGAUUGCGAAUAUCACGUUGAUUUUGAUUGAUAAUAUUCACUUUCAAUACAAUUCAUUGCUGACAACAGUUCUUCUACUUUCAAUCAGUUUGGCUCUUCAAGAACGCUUUCUCUUGGCAGCCUUCAUGUAUUGCAUAUUGUUGAAUAUGAAACAUAUCUAUUUGUAUUAUGCAUUUGCAUAUGUCGUAAUCUAUUCGUUUGCUUAUCUUUUGAAGACACUUGAUCGGUCAGUCAUUUCGCGAUGUGCGAAAUUAGCAUUCUCGAUAAGCAUUCCAUUUUUAGUGUCAUUUGGGCCAUUCUUAUGGCUUGGUGGCAUGGAAUUGUGCUCGCAAAUUAUCUCAAGAUUGUUCCCGUUCCAACGUGGUUUGACACAUGCCUAUUGGGCACCGAAUUUGUGGGCAUUGUAUAAUUUCAUUGAUUUAACUCUUUAUAAUUUAUUGAAACGAUUCAGUAAAUUAUCGCCUGCGAUCAGUCCUCCACUGUACACAUCAGGCCUUGUUCAGGAAUAUCCGCAUAGUGUUUUACCUUCGAUAAGUGCUCACAUCACCCUUGUUGUGAUAUUAUGCUUGUUAACUCCAUCGAUAUGUAUUCUAAUGAAGCGACGACGAUUUCGUGAUCCAAACACUUUCAUAUUGCUGCUAACACACUCAGCAUUUGCAUUCUUCUUGGCUGGUUAUCAUGUUCACGAGAAAGCCGUCCUACUGAUCACCAUACCAUACACAAUCCUCGCUGUUUUGUCCGGACUAUUCGAGAGAGAACAUUUACAGGAUCAUCGUUUUCUUCCAUCAUUCAUUGUGCUGUCAACAAUCGCGAAUAUUUCAAUAUUCCCACUUUUCUUCACUCCAUUCGAGAGUAUCCUGAAAGUAUGUUUUGACUUGCAGUUAUUCCUCUUGUGA